UUGUUGCAAACCAUACACUUGUGUAUGUACUAACUUAGAUUUGGAAUAUUUCCUCUUAUGCCAGAAUUUGAGUAAUGUGGUGAACUUCAGCCUGCAGACCUGCGGUUUGUUGUGAUCUGGAGAGCACAGUGCGCACGCUCACUGAGUACAGUGCGCAUGCUCGGGAGUUUAAACAGCAUGGCGGCGGACUGCUUGACAACAAUAACAGAGCAAUGGAUACGACAUAAACUACACUUAAAACAUCCUUAUCUGGGGGACGUCAGAUCACUGAGGCUUCCAGGAACAUACGAAGAAAAGAUCCGACAUCUGGGGGAUGCAUUGACCAACUUUAUCCGUCUGAAGAGCCUCGACCUCUCCUACAACGCUCUUGUGUCAGUGGAGGUACGUCUGUCCGUCUGCCUCGACCUCUCCUACAACGCUCUGGUGUCAUUGGAGGUACGUCUGUCCGUCUGCCUCGACCUCUCCUACUACGCUCUGGUGUCAGUGGAGGUACGUCUGUCCGUCUGCCUCGACCUCUCCUACAACGCUCUGGUGUCAUUGGAGGUACGUCUGUCCGUCUGUCUCGACCUCUCCUACUACGCUCUGGUGUCAGUGGAGGGGUUGCAACACUUGAAGAUGCUAGAAAGGCUGAAUCUCUACUACAACCGCAUACCCACCAAGGAGGAGGUCAAAGUCCUCUGUAAGCUGCCAGCAUUAAAGGAGUUGGACCUCAGACUCAACCCUUUGACCAGGAGGGAUCCAAAUUAUCGCCUUUCUCUGAUCCAUGCCAUGUCCAGCUUGCGGAAACUGGACGAUUGUCCAGUCAGAGAUACUGAGCGUAAAGUGGCCAUCAUGCAGUUCCCUUCUGGCUGUGGGCCUCCACAGGGCCCACACUGUCCAGAUGAGUGUCCUCAUCUGGACACUGAGCAGAGAAGCAGAAACCAAAGAGUGUCGUCUGUUGAACGCUUAACAAAGAGGCUUUUUGAUGUCCCUGAUGAUGUUGUGAUGAACUUUGUUGCGAAGAGUAAUGUUGGUCAAAGUAACACACAAUCUCCGUCUUGCUCUUCCCACGAGAAUUUGGAGUCUCUUCCUUAUCUAAAACAAGAAACUGAGGAAGGAAGAGUAAUAAAUAUUUCUGACUCUAUUAAGACAUCCCCUCAGGAAAUGGGUAAAUCCAUCCUGAGAUUCAACAAGACCAAAUUUGUAACAGAAAAACCGAGGGUGUCGUUUGGCCCCAUCGUAGAGAAGAUGUGCAGAUCUCUCACUGGAAGAGCAAAGCACAAGGAGAACACGAGACAAAUGAGACUCCAAGCCAAAGGCCAUUUCACCCCGAACCCCAGCCAGAAGCCUCAGCGCUGUAGUUCUCCAUUACACAACCUUCAGCCACCUAGCCCGCCGAGGUCAGGAUUCCAUCUCUCUGACCAAUCAAACCCCAUCCUGCACCCGGCAAGAAGAUCCUACUGUGGCCUCAACAGAACAGCAGGGGGCGCCGCUGCCUCUCCACAGAAAGCUGACCAGCACAAAAGAGGUAGCUACAGGAAGCCACUGGAAAUGCUUCUUAACCUUGUGGACAAGCACUGGGCGGGGGAGAGGUCGCUUCAUCAAAACAGCAACUUCCUGUCACAGGCAGUCCAGAUCCUCUCCAUGAUGGAGGAUGACCUCUCGGUCCAGGAAGCAGAGGUCACGACCUUGAGGUGGGAUGUGGCCACACUGCGCCAUGGGGCGGAGUUACGAGAGGAAGAGCAUCGGCUGGAAGUCCUGGGGCUUUCGUCUCAAGUGGAGGAGACUCAGGGGGCCGUGGCCGGGUUCCAGGAGCAGCUGAGGCUGGUUCUGGAGGAGAACGUGGGCUUACAGAAGCAGCUGAUCAGACUGGAGCAGCAGUACCUCAAGUCUCUGAUGAAGAUUUCACCAAUCGAUCAGAUAAAAGAGGCUCAGACGGAAGUGGAGGAGCUGAGGAGGGAGAUCGAGGGGCUGAGGGAGAAGGUCCGAGAGACGGAGCGAGUCAACGAGUUGACCAACAUGCUGCAGGAGAGCCACAGGUCGCUGGUGGUCACCAACCAGAGGUUACUGGGGGAACUGAACAGCAGUUUGCAACAUGGAUGAUGUGAUGGACAAAUCAAAAUGUCUGGCAGUAGUGAGGACUAGUUAGAAAGGAAAACAAGACAACGUGAUUAUUGAAUGUAUGAUAGAUCCAUGUGGAUCCAUAUUGAAGCGUUCAUGAUAUUUAAUAUUGCUGUAUAGUAUUAAUUUACACCAAUAACUGUUAUCUUUAAUAAAGUUCACAAUGUAAUUGUU